UUACCUUACCCACCUCAAGCAAGCAGCUAGCUGUGAUCAUUCUCAUUCUGGGACAUAUCUUGCACAGCAUACGCAUUAGCAUCUACAGCAUCUCUUCCUCCUUCUUCAUCGUACCUCCCAGCAUAUACAGACAACCAUGCACGGCACUCUAGCCACCAUGAUGCGUCCUACACCCAUCUCCUCUGCUCUGCGUAUCCUGGUUCCUGUGAAGCGGACCAUUGAUUAUGCCGUCAAGAUUCGAGUGGCUUCUGAUGGAAAGGGAGUGGACACAAAUGUCAAGCAUGCAAUGAACCCCUUUGAUGAGAUUGCUGUGGAAGAGGCAGUCAGGCUUAGGGAGAAGCACAAGGAGGCCGUUUCGAAGAUUACGGCCGUUUCUGCUGGACCGGCCAAGAGCGCCGAUGUUCUCCGUACCGCCCUGGCCAUGGGCGCCGAUGAUGCUAUCCACGUAGAAAUCCCCGACAACUCCCUCGGUGGUCCGCUCGAGCCCCUCGCCGUGUCCAAGAUCCUACAAGCCGUGAUCAAAAAGGCGGGCGAGGAGGAAGAAGUGGGACUGGUCAUCAUGGGCAAACAGGCCAUUGAUGAUGAUGCCUCUCAGACUGGUCAGAUGCUGGCGGCUAGGCUUGAUUGGCCUCAGGCUACUUUUGCCUCGAAGCUGGAAUUCUUGGGCAAGCUGGAGAAGGGUGAGGAGGUGCAGAUCACCAGGGAGGUGGACGGUGGAUUGGGCAUCGUCAAGACUACAUUGCCAUUUGUCAUGACCACGGAUCUGAGGUUGAACGAGCCCCGCUAUGCCUCGCUGCCGAACAUCAUGAAGGCCAAGAAGAAGCCCUUCAAGAAGUACUCGCUCAAGGACCUGGGCCUGGAGGAAGACGCUAAGCCCAGACUCGAGGUGCUCAAGGUGGCCGAGCCACCCAAGAGGGAGGGAGGAGCAAAGGUAGAGGAUGUAGACGCCCUAGUCGGCAAGCUCAAGGAGCUGGGUAGGAUCUAAGAUGUGGCAUGAGAAGCAA